CCACCUAACAGUAUCCUAAGUAUAACGUGAUUUAACAAACUACCACUAAUCACAAGUGAACAGUUAUGUGAAGAAACUCAACGAAAAUGAGUUCCAUAGGUGUUGUUGUGUUCCGUAAUUCUCCGCUCAAACAGCAGGUGCUCCAAGAAUCUGUGAAUAAUUCUGUAAAUAUAAGCAAUAACGAUAACGUCCGUCGUGAAAUCAUAAUUUUGAGAAAGAAACAAAAACAUCAAUCCCAAAACACAGUGUCAGUGACGUCGCUAGUGAGUGCUUCAGAACCAAAUAAUAUUGUCUUAGCUAAACGUCCUAAGCUACGUGAAAAUAUUCCUGAUGAAUCUACACGUACCCCUACACCACUAGCGGUAGCGAGAAGAAAUGCGCGGGAAAGGAAUCGUGUACGUCAAGUUAACGACGGUUUUGCUGCUUUACGGCGACAUAUACCUGACGAGGUCGCUGCAGCUUUCGAAAACGCGAAUUCGAAUAGAGGCCCUAAUAAAAAGCUUAGUAAAGUUGAAACACUGCGUAUGGCUGUAGAAUAUAUUAGAAAUCUAGAGAAUCUUCUUAAUAUAGGGCAUGGAGAUAAAGAAAAUAUGUCACGACCAUCAAUGGAAUCAUUUCCAUCACCAGCAUCUUCAUCUCCUAGAGACAACAGCCAGGAAAGAAGUUAUUAUUCCCUAAAUUCACCAGCUCUUGAUGAUGAAGAUAUGGAGGAAGAUGAUUUGGACAGUUCCCUUCAUCGACUCCCAACUCAGCAAUAUAUGGACUUACCUUCUGAAACUUUUCAAUUAGUUUCCACGCCACACUUAUACGAGGAAGAUGAAUCUAGAAACCCACUUACUCCCUCAUCUGACCUUCUUGGAGCGGAGGAAAUACACUCUCAUGUUUUGGAAACACACUUUCCAUUUCCUAACUCAGCUGAACAAUUCACAGUUAUUCCUGAACAAAACUAUUGUGAACCAGAAGCUGCAUUGAAUGAUGGAGAUUUUGAAGUUAAAUAUGCUGAAACAAUACAAAAUAUUCAUCGCAACUUUGAAGAAGAUUCACAGCUGCCAUUAGAAGCAAUCAAUCCAGAUUUGAUGCUGUCACAUAAUCAAUAUAAAUUCAAGGAAGAAAGUGAAUAUUUAGAUCAUCACUACAACGAGGUCGACCUUAAAAAGGAACUACCAGACAUACAAGUUACUCCAGAAGAUCGUGAACAAUUCGAAGAGACUCUUAAAUGGUGGCAAGAGAAAACUAGACAGGCGCGACCUAUUCCUAAAAGCAGCACUUGAUCCUAAAAUUUGUAAAGUAAUUCCAUUAAAAUAAAUUUGAUGUAAAUAUUAUGUAACUAUGUGAAAAAAGUAAAAACAUACAGCUGUCGUCGCCAAAGAGUACACUCGAAACGGGCGCAAGGUGUUCCAUUCUGUAACGGUCAUUGGAAAAAUAACAGCUUAUAAUAUAUAUGAUAACUUAGCCUAUAAUAGUUUAUCUAUCACAGUUAUCUUAAAAUAAAAAUUUAAUAUAAAUGUCAUUGAUAAUUGUUAUUAAGUCCACUAGUAUUAAAUUUAACUUAUUGUAUUUAUAAUAAUCAAUUUGUCUUUUUAUGCUCAUAUUAGUUAGUGUAAAUAAAUAUAAUAGAGGCACCGAAUUACAAACUAUUA